CUCCCAGGGAUUAGACAACUGCAAAAAGCAGAGAGAAAUUUAUUGGAAAGGAAUGAGGAUCCUGCACUCUACCUCCCUCAGGUAAGUGCCAGUCCCUGGGAGGAGAGGACCAAAAUGUCUACUGGAGCAGAUAUCAAGACUACAGUGGGAGAUAUUUCCAAUGAUGGCAAUUUAAACAUGGCUCAACAGCAAUCCUCCAGGAGAGGUUUUUGUUCAUUCCCACAUGGGAUAGCCCUCAUCUUGCAGCUCUGUAAUUUUUCGAUUUACACCCAACAAAUGAACUUGAGCAUUGCCAUCCCAGCCAUGGUGAACAACACAGCCCCACCGUCCCAGCCCAAUGCCUCCACAGAAGUGCCCUCCACUGAGUCCCAGCACUACUGGAAUGAAACUCUAAAGGGGUUUAAGGCAGUGGCUCCUACGUAUGACUGGAGUCCUGAAAUCCAGGGAAUCAUCCUCAGCUCCCUGAACUAUGGCUCAUUCUUGGCUCCAAUCCCCGUUGGCUACAUUGCUGGAAUAUUUGGAGCCAAAUAUGUGGUUGGUGCUGGUUUGUUUAUUUCCUCAGUCCUGACCCUCUUCAUUCCACUGGCAGCAGAUGUUGGAGUGACCUUGCUCAUUGUCCUUAGGGUUGUCCAAGGCAUAGCCCAGGUUAUGGUAUUAACAGGUCAGUUUUCAAUUUGGGUCAAAUGGGCUCCCCCACUGGAAAGGACUCAGCUCACUUCUAUUGCUGCAUCAGGGGCAGUGCUUGGGUCUUUCAUCAUUCUCCUAGUUGGUGGUCUCCUCUGCCAGACCAUCGGAUGGCCUUAUGUCUUCUAUAUCUUUGGUGGAAUUGGCUGUGCCUGUUGUCUUCUCUGCUUUCCUCUCAUUUACGAUGACCCCGUGAAUCAUCCCUUUAUCAGCGCUGGUGAGAAGACAUACAUUGUGUGUUCACUGGCUCAACAGGAUUGUUCACCAGGCUGGUCUCUUCCCAUUAAGGCUAUGAUCAAAUCUUUACCACUUUGGGCCAUUUUAGUCUCUUAUUUCUGUGAACACUGGCUUUUUUAUAUCAUUAUGGCAUACACACCAACAUACAUCAGCUCUGUACUUCAAGUCAACCUCAGAGAUAGUGGGAUACUGUCAUCCCUGCCGUCUGUUGUUGGCUCUAUCUGCAUUGUCCUUGGAGGUUUAUUGGCAGACUUUCUUCUCUCCAGAAAAAUCCUCAGACUCAUCACCAUCAGGAAACUCUUCACUGCCAUUGGGGUUCUCUUCCCAUCUGUGAUCCUUGUGUUCCUGCCCUGGGUCAGAUCCAGCCACAGCGUUACCAUUACCUUCUUGGUACUAUGCUCUGCCGGCAGCAGCCUCUGUCAAGCAGGAUCCCUUAUCAACUUCUUGGAUAUUGCUCCUCGGUACAGCAGCUUUCUCAGGGGAUUAAUGCAAGUCUUUGCACACACAGCCGGAGCCAUUUCUCCCACUACUGUUGGAUUUUUCAUCAGUCAGGACUCAGAGUUUGGCUGGAGAAAUGUGUUCUUGCUUUCAGCUGCUAUUAACAUAUUGGGCCUGGCCUUCUACCUCAUCUUUGGCAGUGCAGACCUGCAGGACUGGGCUAAAGAGCAGACAUUCACCCACCUCUCAGCAAACAGAGAGAUGCGUUAGAACCUAUUACUUAGUUGUUCAUCAUUUUCCCUCACAGACAUUCCUCUUCCAUGCCUGCCUGACUGAUCAGCCAUUUAAUUGGAAUUGACUUUGUUUCCAGUGUCUUCUCAGAGACCUUGGCUAUGUAAUACUAAAGUUUUUUUUUUUUUUUUUAACCAUUCCUGGAGAUUUUAUAGCGGAGAAUAAAAAGAACAGUGAUUUAACUGUGAGCUC